AAGGAAAUGAAAUAGCUCAGGGUCGCACAACUGAUGGCGCGCGCGCGCGCACGCUAAACCGUUUUGGUAACCCGCGCGGCAGCUCGACUGGCCUCAAAUCUACGCCGCCAGGGUCCGCUGACAAUCCAAGUCACAUACUCACAAAGACCCGCUCGGAGACUUUGCAAAGCAGUUUGGUAAGUAUAGGAACCGGCCGAUUUUGCAAGCGGCGCGGCUGUUCGUAAUCACAAUGAUUCACAACCGUGUUUAUGAUGUCUCUACAGAGUAUAAGAAUGCAGAGAUGGAAGGGCUCAAAAGGUCUGGUCGAUUCAAUGGUUGUUCAUCAUCAUCCCAACCUCAAACACCAAGCUUCUCUAGCCUUUUGACCUCGAUCUACAGUACAAUAUACUACCCCUGGUUGCUUCCAACCUCAUCAAGAUCCCACCCUCCAACAUGUCCCAAUCAAAGACAGUGGUUGUGCUCGGCGCCGCCAUGGCUGGAGUCCCAACCGUACACAAGCUCCUCACGCAGGUGGCACCAAAAGUCCCGGGAGGACUCAAAGUGAUACUCGUCGCUCCCAACACACACUUCUUUUGGAACCUCGCCUCCGUUAGGGGUGUUCUCCCGGGCGACUUGAUGCCCGACGAGAAGCUCUUCUACCCCAUCGCGCCGGCCUUUGCGCAAUUCAACUCGUCUCAGUUUGAGUUUGUACUCGGCAAGGCCACAAAGCUCGACCCGGAAGCAAAGAACGUCUUGGUGGCCGUCAGUGAAAAGCAAGGUGCCCCGGCUUCCGAGAGGACAAUCUCAUACGACAUGGUGGUCGUCGCCACUGGCAGCUCGGCCAAGGAGAGCAUGCCCUGGAAGAUUGUGCAGGAUGUCGAAACCACAAAGAGCAAGCUGCGGGACAUUCGCAAAGCCGUCGACAACGCCAAGUCCAUCGUGGUGGCCGGAGCCGGCACGACCGGGGUCGAAGUUGCUGGCGAGCUGGGCCAGAACUACAAGGGCCAAAAAGACAUUACUCUCAUCGUCAACGAUGAGCUGCCCCUUACCCCUGACGUGCGCAGCGACAUUCGCGCCCUGGUCCUCGACGAACUGAAGCGACUUGGCGUCAAAAUCAUCACCUCGAGCCGGGUGACGAGCGUCAAGGACGACAGCAGCAGCAGUCGUACCGGCGGCAAGACGCUCGAGGUCACUAGCAAGGCGCAGGGCACGACGUCGACGAUCCACACCGACGUCUACCUGCCCACGUUUGGCGUGGAGCCCAACACGGAGUUUGUGCCCAAGCACCUGCUCGACCGGACUCGGCGGGUCAAGACCACCACGCGGCUGCGGGCCGAGGGCCAUGACGACGUCUACGUCGUGGGCGACGCCUCGAAUCUGCAAUCGCCGCAGUCCAUGCACGCAGACGCCCAGGUCACGUACCUGAUCAAGGAACUGGAGGCGCGACUCGUGUCGGGCCAGGGCCUGGCCGAGGAGUACCAGCCGGACGGGUCCGUCAAGUUCGCAAUGAGCAUCGGCAGCAAGCGCGGCACGGGUCAGAUGGGCACGUGGAGGCUUCCGUCGAUGCUGGUAUGGUGGGUCAAGAGCCGCACCCUGAUAACGGACAGGGUUCCCGAGUACCUCAAGGCUUAGUCGGGACUGUCUGAUGCGUCAUUGCUGGUGUUGAUGGUUUCUUUCCUGCGGGCUUUUUCGUGUUUAUGUCCUAAUGUCUAUCUGUCUCAUACUCCCUUUUGAUACUUUGUUAUAAUCUCUCAUAUCUUCUAGUUUGUGCUUACCUGGGUAGCGAUUAUAGAAUGAAUUAGAACUUGACUUUGAAU